AUGGGUCUGUCGUUGGCUGGAGGAGCGCAGCAGCAGCAGCAGCAGCAACAACAACAGCAGCAGCAGCAGCAGCAGCAAUGGCAGCAGAUUGAAUAUAAAUAUAUACAAACACUCACGCAGAGUACCCUGGGCUUACGCGCUAAGCUUCUGGUGUAUGGACACCCGGAGGUGCGCAGGGGCCUCCUCUUCCUGCAGCCGCAAAACGUACAUGUUCUAUGGGGGGGCCUCCCCAGGCCCAACGAGGCAGCAGACACAGAAGAAGAAGAAGAAACAAUAGCAAAGCUGCUGCAGCAGCAACAGCAACAGCAGCAGCAGCAGCAGCAACAGCAGCAACGGCUCCCAACUGCUGCGCCUGCUCCAGGAAUUGCUGCUGCAGCUCCCCGUACCUUCCCCCCCAAUGCUGCUCCUUCUGGGGCCUUGGGGGCCCCCGCUCCUCAGACGCCAGCUGCAGCAGCAGCAGCAGCCUCGGGGCGCCCGCAGCAGCCACAGCAAGGGUCCCCCACGCCCGGCCAGGGGCCCCCAGGCUUUAUGCAGGGGGGCCCCCAAGGCAGCGAUCAGGGGCCCCUAGCCACGUGGAAGGGCCCCCAGACAUCCUUUCAGAGGCCCUUCAACACAGGUCAGGGGCCCCCCGCGCCAACGACCAGCUCGGGGGCGGCUGCGGAGGGGCCCCUGUCUCGCGUUUGGCCUGGGGCCCCCCAGACGUGGCAGGGGCCCCCUGCAUCAGGAGCUGCUCCGGGGCCCCUGAGCUGCUCCAGCUCUGUUGUUAACGACGAGUCUUCUCUUCUUCUUGACCUAGAAGAUAUUGCAGACGCUUUCGGGGAAAACCCACCGGCACAGCAGCCAGCCCCUCUCCAGUGGAAGACCCAGGGGCCCCCUGCGGUACCCACACAGGGGCCCCCUUCGGCGCAUCCGCACGGGGGGCCCUCGUGGGCACCUCAGCAAGGGCCCCACCAGGGGUCCCCUCAGGGGCCCCCCACGGGGUCACCCCAGGGGGCCCCCACCGGGAUAACCCAAGGGCCCCCCCUGGGGUCACCCCAGGGGGCCCCCACGGGGACACCGCAGGGGCCCCCUCAGGCGCCGGCGAGGAUGCCUCAUAAGGAGUCUCGACCUGGCUCACUGGCGGAUAUUCCAUUCGAAAGCCAGGGGGCCCCCCAAGCGGGGUACCCACCUGUGGCAGAUCAGGUGCCUGCUCCGGGGCCUCUUCAGUGGCCCUCAGUUUCUGAGCCGAUGCCGCAGCAGGUUAUUCUUGAGGAUAGGCCUGCAGCAGCAGCAGCACAGGUGGAGCGGCGAGAGUGCUUCGCGGGUGUCUGUACACCUCGAAAUGACUCCUUGUUGACAGCCUCAGGAGAGCCGCACGUUGCCUUGCCUUCUCCAGAGGCCUCAGGGGCCCCUUCUGCGUGGCAGAGCCAGGGCGGUGCUGCAGCAGAAGAGGGAGAGGGGGCUCCUUUCUGGGUGUUUGGCGCUGUGAUUAACGCAAGGCAGCGAGAGGAGGCGGGGGCUGAGUGGCAGCUGCUGAUGACAGACGGGCUGCGCGUGUUCCCUGCUGUGAGUGCGGCGGACGUAGCCAACGAAAUUAUUCAGAAAGUCGAAUACCCGCCGUUGCUUUCUUUGAUGUCAGCUGCGGAGAAGAUGAGGAGUGCUCAGGGUCACUUCCUGCUGCAGAUUCAACGGGAAAACGAUCACAGCCAGAGAGUGCAAAUCAUCGGGUUUCAGAUCAACGCACCUCGCGAUGAAAUAGCCGAAAAACUGCAGUAUCUUCGUUCUCUCGUGGCCGCAGAAAGGCAAAUACAGACUCAAAACGGAGAACAACAUAUCAAUAAAGAGUGA